AUGUCUACUGCUGUUGUUUCACAGUGUUCAGAACUCUCCAGUGCAGGAGAGGAGUAUGUGCUCCUAACAGCAGGAAAUGGCGGUAACCAGAAGCAAUUUGGGUCUGUCAAGGGGAGACAAUUCCUAUUGGCCAACCAGGACUUUGCUCAGCGGUUCUUCAGCUACUGCUACAAUGCUGCCACUUCUGGUAUGUACAUGGGAGGCCAACCAUACGGCCAUACUGACGUUAUGUCCAUGGCGGCCAGCAGAAACUCCAGCGUGCCUGUAGGCCACGCCCACCAGCCUGUAAGUGACAGUGCUGCCAGUACUAUUGCUGGUGCUCUGCAGUCUCUAGCAGCAGAGUUCCAUAUGGGGAGACCUCAGAAUCCUGGGAUGAUGAAUUUAGGAUCGACAGGAAUUGUCGGAGGUGAGGGACAUCAGAACUAUGACUUGGCAUCACAGGAACGAGAUGUUAUGUCAAAUUACAUGGGCAGUGUACCAUACAGUAAUCAACACACAAACAUUACCUCUGGAUACCUCAACAAUCUGAAUCAUUCAAAUGUUUGUGUUCCAAAUACAAAUACCCACUCUAACGACUAUCUCCUCAGAACAGGUAUUGGAAAUGAAAGUUUUACAAACCAAACGAUGAACAGGGAAAAUUUGAUUCCUAAUUUGACUGAAAGCAAUGCUAAAUCUCACGAAGAUUUUACCAGGAGUCAGAAAGAAACAACUAAAUCUGUUGGUAAUGUAAGCGAAAAUUCAAACUUUGUUGAGAACCCAAAUAAAUGUGCAAAUUUUACUGACAAUCAAGAGACAAAUCAAAAUUUGGAAUCAAUUUCUAAAACAGAAAAGAUAUUAGAAGAAGAUCCCAAAAAGCAGAUUGUCAAUCAAACAGAGUCGUCAACUGAUCAAGAAGUGACAACAUCAGUUAACACAGAAAAUAGUCAGGAACAUGUCUCGGAAAAAAGCAAUGCUGUGACUGCAAAUCCUCCUGCUGAAAAGCAGUUUGACGUCUCCGAUGAUAGUAACUUCAGUAUUGGGUUUGAGACGGACUUGAACUUACAUGAGCAACAAAAUAAUUUGAAGUUGGUCAUUAGUAACGUUGUCUCUUGUCUGGACCAAGAACAAGCUGCAGAUGUCAAACACGGAGAAAAUUCUACGGAGAAAACAACAAGAAAUCAAGAGGACAACUGGAGGAGGAAGUUGAGAAAAAAAAGUUUGAAAGAAACCCGACAAACAAAAGCAGGAAAAGAGAAAUCUCCAAGUGCAGAUGAAAAUGAUGAAUUGGAAUCUGCGGGCGAGCUAACUGAAAAAGAAGAGGAAGAUUAUGCGAUUUCUGAUGAAAAUGAUAGUGAGGCUACAAUUGUUUCCGACACAGAAACUGAUGAUGGGUCCUGUUUACGUGGUGCUGCAAAACGGAAGGCAGCAUUUCAGUGUCAUCGUUGUGGUGUUUGUCACAAAACUUUUGCAAAUUCAUCAAAUUUACGUCGCCAUGAAAAGUCACAUGGUGUUCAAGGUGACCAGCGCAGGUGUACCAAGUGUAACAAGUUUGUGCUUGUGAAUGAUAUGAAACGUCAUUUGAAAACAAAGCAUGCAAACGAUAACAAAAGACAAAAAUUACACUGUAAAGAAUGUGGGAAAAUCUGCAUGUCAAAGUCAAUUUUACGUCAGCAUAUUUCAAAGAAACACUCAGAGGUGAACUUCAAGUGUGACAGGUGUCACAAAACCUUCAUGUCAGAAGAUGCCUUCAAAAGUCACAUGGUGAAACACUUAGAGAAACAUUUCUGUGUAAUGUGUCAACAGAAUUUUCCUAACCGUGCUAGUUUAGCUCAGCACUCCGCUGAAGCACAUCCAAACAGUAGUCAGAUUGAGAUUAUCAAAUGCAAUGUAUGUGGGCGACGGAGGGGGCAGGAACACAAGUGCCCGGGGAAGAAAAUCAAAGUACCCAGAGAGUUCAUCUGUCACAUAUGUAAUAAGAAGUUUUCACGGAUACAAAACCUUAAUCUUCAUCGCCGAAUACACAGCGACAACCGUACCAAGCUGAAGUGUGACCAGUGUGACAAGCUGUUUUCUGAUAGGUGUAGUUUGAAAAAACACAUCAAAUACGUACAUAGUGCGGAAAGAAAUUUCAUCUGUGAUGUGUGUGGAAAGUCCUUCAAACAGAAUGAUACUUUAAAGAACCAUGUAAGAAUUCAUGCUGAAGAAAAGACCGAUGAGUUUAAGUGUGAUCUUUGCUCUAAGUUACUCUCCAGUAAGUCUGCAUUAAAUGUUCAUCAGCGUUCUCACACGGGAGCGAAACCUUACAUGUGUGAAAUCUGUGGUAUGUCCUUCCGUCAAGUGGCCAAUAUGAGGAAGCACAUGUUGAUUCAUACGACUGCUAAGGCCAACCAGUGUGACCUCUGUGGCAAAGAGUACAAAUACCGUGACUCCUGGAAGGCUCACAUGAGGAGUCACGUCAUCAAAGAAGGUCUGCGACACGAGGUCAUCAAAACCAAAUACGGGAAGGUGUAUAACUGUGAAUACUGCCAGAAACAAUUCUCUACCGCCUCACAGUACAAAGUCCAUCUCCGAACACACACCGACGAACGACCAUUCAAAUGUGACUUGUGUGAAAAGGCUUUUAAAGAAAAGGGUAAGCUGAGUCGCCACAUGAAUCGUGUGCAUGUCCAUUCUCAAGUGUUAUCCCUGCAUCCUCAUCAAAAGGUGUCUAUGGACAGUCGAAUUGUUGUACCUGUACCGAAUGACCAAAUGUUCUACACAGGUGUUGUAGCUGGGGUGUAAAUAUAACAACA